AUGGCUCCUAAAACCACUGCCGCCUCGUCGAAGAAACGGAGAUACCAGGUCCCUAUUACACAAUACUUCUCUCCCUUGCCGCCACAGCAAACUGAAACCGAGACAUGCUCACACUACAACUACAACGCUCCGACACACUCACCACACCCGGCCCUACCCCCGAGCACACAAGCGUCUCUCGUGGCAGUUGGCAUGCGCGUGCGGAAAGCUGUCUCAGAAGGAUAUCGGACGAAAACCACAGCCAAGGCUACCUUCCACCAGCCCAAGGCCACGGGCCAGAAUGAGGAACAUACCCGAAGCUCAACUGCCCCUGUAUAUACCGAACUUAUUCCUUUCAGCGGUGCGUUCAAGGUUGGGAAUUAUGGAGUACAGUCAUUCCCCCAGCAUUCUCCGGCCACAUCUGAGCCAAUGAUGACGGGAAUACAAUUGGACGAAGAAUCACUUCCGCCAAGCAGCCAGGAGUCCACACAAUCAGUUGACUCCUUUAUCUCACUUCCAAAGCCCAAUCCAUAUAAACGUGGUUUCGAAAUCGAAGAAGACGACGAUGACUUUGAUACUCAGGGUUCGUUCUUCUCACAGCCUACCUUCGUCCACUCACGAGCGACUUUAUUACCAAGAAGUGGGAAGCACAGAACCAUGAAAUCGAAGGCCUCAACGCUAAAAGGGAGGCCAGAACAGGAAAAUUGGGACCCUGCAUUCGCUUUCGAUGGCGUUGGCGUUGGCGGUGGGGAUUUUGAAGACGCUGCCUUUUUGAGGAGGAGAGAAGAUGUCGAUGCGGACUACUUGACAACGGCAAAUGAGGUGCGGAUGGGUGGCAUUUAA